CCAAGGAAUCUUUGCAAAGAAAUGAAAAGAAGGAUCCCACAAUGGCUAAACAUUUUAGAGAAAAAAUUAGUCAAAUUGAAGUAACCUUCCAAGCAUUGAAAAGAAAAGAACAGGAAAUCCAGAGUGGGAUUGAUAAAGCAAAAGGUCGUAAAAAGAUGUCAGUGUUUUAA